ACACACAAGUGUGAGUCAACAAAAAGUUGACCCUGUGCUAAUCACGUGCCAGUAUCAUGUGACUUCUCCAGUCCCUCCCUCUCCCCCCAAUCAUAACCCCCCUCUCUCUCCACCUGUAUCUGCUUCCAUCAUCAUCACCCCCUACAUUUCUAGGGUUUCAUUCAUCACACUCUCCUGCAAAUUUAUGUAAUAAUCUCAUCUCCAUGGGCUGUUUUCAGUCCAAAACCGCCAAUGUCCACUCUCCUGAUCAAGUUCCUGAAUCCAAACCAGAUCCAGGUGAUGGAGAACAAUUAGGUCAACAGGAUUACGACAAACAGGUGCCUGCAUUCAAGGAGUUUGAGCUCACGGAGCUUCGAGCGGCUACCAACGGGUUCAGUAGCGAGCUUAUUGUGUCCGAGAGUGGAGAAAAGGCGCCUAAUGUUGUUUUUAGAGGGAAGCUUAAGAGUAAUAAGGUUGUGGCGAUUAAGCGGUUUUCGAAGGUCUCGUGGCCCGAUCCGCAGCAGUUUGUGGCAGAAGCCGCUGGAGUUGGCAAGGUUCGGCAUAAUAGAUUAGUGAAUUUAAUUGGCUGUUGUGCCGAGGGAGACGAGCGUCUUCUAGUGGCUGAAUAUAUGCCCAAUGACACACUCUCAAAGCAUCUAUUUCACUGGGAUAAACAGCCUUUGCCUUGGGAAAUGCGUGUUCGAGUCGCAUAUCAUAUUGCACAAGCACUCGAGUAUUGCAAUGCUCAAAAUCGGAAAAUAUAUCAUGAUCUGAAUGCCUACAGGGUACUAUUUGACGAGGAUGGUGACCCCCGAUUAUCUAGUUUUGGUUUGAUGAAAAAUAGUCGAGAUGGGAAAAGUUAUAGCACUAAUCUUGCUUAUACUCCUCCCGAGUUUUUACGCACAGGCAGAGUAAUUCCAGAGAGUGUGAUUUACAGCUAUGGAACUGUCCUGCUUGAUCUUUUGAGCGGAAAGCAUAUCCCUCCGAGCCAUGCAUUGGAUUUAAUACGGGGGAAAAACGUGUUGUUGCUGAUGGAUUCAUCCUUGGAAGGACAAUAUGCUGACGAGGAUGCAACUGUGAUGAUUGAACUCGCUUCAAAGUGUCUUCAAUACGAGGGUAGAGAUCGUCCAGAUGUCAAAUUUCUUCUUACUGCAGUGGCACCCCUUCAAAAACAAAAAGAGGUUGCAUCCCAUGUGUUAAUGGGCCUGACGAAAACCCCGGUGGCGGCUCCAACCUUACUUUCUCCUCUCGGUAAAGCAUGUGCCCGAAUGGACCUUACUGCAGUACAUGACAUUUUGCUAAAAACCGGAUAUCGAGAUGAAGAGGGUGCUGAAAAUGAGUUAUCAUUUCAAGAAUGGACCCAGCAAGUGCAAGAUAUGCUAAAUACAAAAAAGUUCGGAGAUAUCGCGUUUAGGGACAAAGAUUUUAACGGUGCAGUUGAAUACUAUUCAAAGUUGGUUUCAAUGAUGUCGGUCCCAUCGGGUACUAUCUUCGUGAGGCGGGCCCUAUCUUACUUGAUGAUUGGACAACCGGAACCAGCGUUAAGGGAUGCCAUGCAAGCACAAGUAUGCUUGCCAGAAUGGCCGACUGCUUUUUACAUGCAGGCUUUGGCUCUCUCAAAGCUUGGAAUGGAAACUGAUGCUCAAGACAUGCUUAAUGACGGGUCAUCCUAUGAGGCAAAGAGGCAAAAUAGUUGGCGUAAUAUGUGAUUAAGGCGUAAUGUUUAUUUGAAGUUACUAUCCUACCCUUGUGCCUAAACUACAGUUUUCGAUAUUUGCGUUGUAUAAAUUCACAUCUAAGUUGCUGAAAAAUCUACCAUUUGAGUUAUGUCUAGAUGGGUGGCGAAAGAGUUUGAUUU